AUGACCUUCAAGAUGGUCGAGGGUUCGGAUCUCGCUGCAUCUCUAACAUCUUUGAGGCGAGAAAAUUGGAAGAAAGAGCCGUUAGCUCUCUGUGUAGCUGUAAUGAAACAUGUUCUGGAGCCUUCUCUUUACUGCCAUCUAGUGUCUGUUCUUUCUAAGGACCAAAGGGACGGGCUCCGAGUCGCAAUCACAGGGACCGGCUCAGAGUCACGAUCACAGGGACCGGCUCAGAGUCACGAUCACAGGGACCGGCUCAGAGUCACAAUCACAGGGACCGGCCCAGAGUCACGAUCACAGGGACCGGCUCAGAGUCACGAUCACAGGGACCGGCUCAGAGUCACGAUCACAAGGACCGGCUCAGAGUCACGAUCACAGGGACCGGCUCAGAGUCACGAUCACAGGGACCGGCUCAGAGUCACGAUCACAGGGACCGGCUCAGAGUCACGAUCACAGGGACCGGCUCAGAGUCACGAUCACAGGGACCGGCUCAGAGUCACGAUCACAGGGACCGGCCCAGAGUCACGAUCACAGGGACCGGCUCAGAGUCACGAUCACAGGGACCGGCUCAGAGUCACGAUCACAGGGACCGGCUCAGAGUCACGAUCACAGGGACCGGCUCAGAGUCACGAUCACAGGGACCGGCCCAGAGUCACGAUCACAGGGACCGGCUCAGAGUCACGAUCACAGGGACCGGCCCAGAGUCACGAUCACAGGGACCGGCUCAGAGUCACGAUCACAGGGACCGGCUCAGAGUCACGAUCACAGGGACAGACUCUGAGUCACGAUCACAGGGACAGACUCUGA